UCAGUAAGCAACGGGCACACUGGCGCGAAGCACAAAACAGUCGGAGGAAACGGAAUCGCAAACCGAAAAGAAAGAAAUGCAAUCUGUGCCGUAAGUGGGGGCGUGCAACAAAGGUUUUCAUCGCCUGGAGCUAGUUCGAUUGGUGGAAAAGGAUCAUCAAAGCCCUAGAAACCCAUAUAAACCUCUCCAGCGCAGGUGACGUACGCACUGCUGUCGGUUCAAAAAAGGUCCUCAAAGGGCGGGAGAACCGCGGAGGAGAAAAGCGGCUGCGGCGACAACAGAAGAAGCAAUCAAGUGGCAACAGGAGAUAGCCGGGCGCAAAAUGCAAAAAGUUAAUUAGUGCCCCGGCCAAAUCAAAUCGGGACACCCCGCAGCGGCCAUCGCCAUGGAAUUUGCCGACCUGAUAAAGACCCCCAAGCUGGACGGAGUCCUCCUGCACGACCCAUCGAAUGCGGGGGCGUCGGGCGCAACAGUUGGCACGCUGUGCAUCACCGGGCACCAUCUGCUGCUCAGUGCUCGUCAGGAGACCAGCCAGGAGCUGUGGCUCCUGCACAAGAACAUCGACUGUGUGGAGAAGAAGCCUAGUUUGUCGCAGAACAUCGUAGUUGGAGGCCUCAUCACCCUAAAAUGCAAGGACCUGCGCAUCAUCUCGCUGGAGAUCAAGUGCGGAAAGGAGUUCUUCAACGUGGCCGCAUCGCUAGAGGCACUUAGUGCCAUCCAAAACACCGAGCUGCUGUAUCCCUUCUUCUACCGGCCCAUGUACUCCAUCCUAGAGGACGGCUACACGAUGUUUAGGCCCGAGCUGGAGUUCGCCAAGCUCAUCAGCGGGGUGGGCAUGGGAGGCGGGUCGUCGCCGAAUGUGGCCAACAUAACAAUUUGCAUGCCAUCAACAUCGACAACGUCGCUUGCUGUGGGCCCUGGCAUUCCCCAUCCCCUCCAAAAUGGCUUUGCGAUAGACGCCCUGGCUGGAAAUCCUGGGGGUGGCGUGCUUCAAGGCUCACAAGCUGGCUGCGAGUGGCGCAUCAGCAACGUCAACAGAGACUUCAGCGUCUGUGCCACAUAUGGCGCCACGCUAAUUGUACCUAAAGCAAUUACGGACGAGCAGAUAGUGCUCUCCGCUGCGUUUCGGGAUGGCGGUCGUUUUCCCGUCCUUAGCUACAGGCAUGAAAAUGGCGCCACCCUGAUGCGCAGCUCGCAGCCGCUCUCCAUUCAGGGCAUUAAACGCUGUCGGGCUGACGAGGCUAUCCUGAACCUAGUCCUUGGUCGCAGCCGAAAGGGAUUCAUUGUGGACACGUGGGGCAAGGGCAAGUCCAACACGGAGACGGAUCUGCACUACUCACAGUGGAAGAAGGUCAAUCGCUCCAUUGGCAACGUCAGCUCACCCGCUUCUAUCUUGGAUAGUUUCGCUCGGCUGAUUGAGGCCUGCAACGAUUUGGGUUGCAGCACGGAUAAGUGGCUUUCGAGAUUGGAGAACAGUGGCUGGCUUAGCCUCGUACUGAACUCCCUGAAUGCCUCUUGUGUGGUGGCCCAGUGUUUGGAUCAGGAGGGAAGUCCGGUGCUGGUUCACGGGGCCAAGGGCUUGGAUUCCACGCUCAUUGUCACUUCACUGGUGCAGAUCAUCCUCAAUCCUGACUGCCGCACAGUGAGAGGCCUGCAAGCUUUAAUAGAACGCGAGUGGAUCCAGGCGGGACAUCCCUUCGCAUCGCGUCAUCGCUACUCUUGCUACACACCAAAUCAAACGAGGAACAAGAGCUCGGGUGCCACUUUUGUGCUCUUCCUGGACUGUAUCUAUCAGCUGUACACCCAAUUCCCCUGCAGCUUCGAGUUUAGCACACAACUGCUAAUCCUGCUUUUCGAGCACAGUUACUUCUCGCAAUAUGGUACGUUUUUGUGCGAUUCGGAGCGAGAGCGCAGCGAACUGCACGUGCACACCAGGACAACGAGCUUGUGGUCUUACCUAAACCGACCAGAUGUUUUGCAAACACUGCUGAAUCCACUGUACGAGCCAAAUGCCAAUGUGAUAUGGCCUUCAGUGGCGCCUAUUAGCUUGGAGUUGUGGAGCGAUCUCUAUUUGCGAUGGGUGAUAGAUCAGCGCAGUUGCGCCACAGUCAUGUCACAAAUUCAGGAACUUGUGACCCGCGAAAAGGAACUCAGAACUCAGGCCCUCAAACUGCGCAAACAGGCCUUGGAACUCGGCCAGGAAGUGUCCACACUCAUGAAAGGUGCAGACAAUGCAUAGACGGCUACCUCAAAAGUUCUCUAUUUGUUAAUCUCCUGCAUGAUAUACAAUUAUUUUUGAUACGUUCUGUUGCAACAUUUCGACAAUUAUUUAAGCAUAUAGCAACACUAAAAUUAAGUCACUAACAGUUCCAUUUACAAAAAAAAUAUGCUGAAAAAAGGAAAAUAAAAAACAAGGUAAAUUAAAUUAUUGGAUAAACCAUAGGAUCUGCUUUUGGAUCAACUUGAACACUCAAUUUUAGGCAUACGAAUGUCCAUUUUUACCAACUAUACUUCUACUGGAGAAGUUCCGAUACAUAACUAUAAAACACAAAAUGAUGGCAUUAUUGUAACUUGAAACUCUCUCCUUGCAAAGCGCUCUCUACUCACAGACUCAGAUUUAUAUUUGAAAAUUGAAAAUGCACAUAGCGCAACUAUCAAAUGUUUAGUCAAUUUUUGACGCAUUUACUUUUAUGGAAUUUUUAGUGCAUAAGUCUUCAGAAAUACAUAUUUAUAGUACUUACGUGUCAGUUAUUUAGUGGUCUUCACGCCACGGAUCAAAUUUAGUAUUAUAAAUUCAAAGAUUUGCCUUUUCAAAAAUUUGUAUGUACAUUUGAUUAAAUCGCAUAAAUUUAAAGCUUUAAAAGCGUUUAUAUUAAUAUUUAUGCUGUGCAUGCGUUGGUAUAUCCAUAAACAAAUAUUGUAAAUUAUACACCUAUAAAUGUUUCUAGCUGUUAUGUGUGUUUAUUUCGAAUUGUGAUCGUAUUUGAAAUGACAAAAAAUUUGUAUGUAAUUUAUAUCCACUUUUACAUUUCUAUUGUGCGUAUUUUGUGUAAUUAUCGCUAAAGUGCAAUAAAUACGUGUUAAUUUGCAGAAA